AUGGAAAAAAAAAGGAGAGCCCACGUUUCAUCCUGCCCCGCCUCAUCGUCCCCAUCCCUCCCUCCUCUCUCCUCCUCGCCGCCACAGGGGUCCCUCUCCUUCCUCAAGCAGCGGCGGCGGCGUGAAAUACAGUGGGCUCGGCCUUCGUCGGCGGCCGGGUUCCUCUCCUCCGUCGAGCAGAGGCAGCGGCGGUGGCGGCGGCGUGAGACGCAGGGGGCUCGGCCCUUCGUCGGCGGCGGGGUUCCUCUCCUCCGCCGAGAAGCGGCGGCGGCGCGGGACGCAGCGCGACCUGACUGCGUCGGCAGCAGCGGGGUCCCUCUCCUCCGUCCAGUGGAGGUGGAGGUCGAGCGCAUCGUGGCCGCUGGAGUAGGAGAAGCAGCGGGCGGCGGGGCUGAGGAUGCCGGCGAGCGGGAGGAAGCGGGUGAGCGCGUGCGGCGGGAACGCGGCGGCCGGGUCAACCUGGCGGUAGAAGAAGAGGCGCUCGACAGGGUCCGUGAAGAGCCAGCACACGUCGUCGAAGAAGGUGAUGGGAGCUCCGCACACAGCGUCCCCGGCGCCGGUGCCAUGUGGGUUCGCUCCGUGCACCUUUGCUUCCGCCAUGGCUCGCUGGCUUUGCUUGCUUGGUGAACACAUUUCGUCCAGCCACCGCUCGUAUUUCAGGCAUUCACAAGACCAUCAAGACCGUCAAAACGAAGGUUCAUGUAUCUAUGAAUGCUUGUCAAUUUUAUUCAAUUUUGGAGAUGAAUGGGUAUGUUUAAGAAUUCUUAAAUCAAAGUCUGAAACAUACCAAAAGUGGGCAAAUCAUAUGUUUUUUAGGCUUAGAUUUUUGCUAGGUUAUUACGUAUUUCAAGUGUAUUUGUAUUAGUCAAGACGUGCAGCAAUUAUUAUCAUACAAAAAAUCUAACAAAUUAUAUGAUUGAUGCUUCAUUGAGUCUACUAUUAAUAGGGUUGCAUUGUGUUUUUACUAGAAAGCUGUAGCAGCCUAUCCUUGAUUCAAGUCCAGAAUGAAGUAUGAACAAUAUUUUAUCCAAUUUACGUGGAUUGACUUCCCAUAGAAGGUAACUGCGAAUGCAUCGCCUCUAUAUUCUAAGAUCACCUUUCAAUUGAUACUUACUAUCUCUAAUAAAAAAUGGUUGGCCAGUGCUAUAAAAGGCACCAGCCUUGCUGCACUACUUAUUCUAACCUACAGUAAGGUACUUCCGUUCCUUUGGUACAUGUUUCUCGCUGGUGUAUAUCCUUUUGUUCCGUCGAACUAGCAAUAGUAUAGCUAUGUCAACGAAAUUGCUGCUGCAAUAUUGUGUUUUAGAUUGCAAUACUAUAUUUACAAUAUUUAAGUGUGAUGUGAGAGCGGUUGUUAUUUUCAUCACGGAAAUCUUGAUUAAAGUUGAUGAUCCAGAAUUAAAGAAGCAUAUGAGAUCUGUGUAAUAAAUUGUGUUUUCAUUAAAGAUGUCUUAGUGGAGAUGUAUUCUGAUUUUACUUCACAAUUCUCAAUUCUAUUAAGGCAUAUUUUGUUAACUUUGCAUUGCUUGCAUAAUUUUAAGGAAACCAAAGCAACCAUGUCACUAUUUCUCGCAGGGGGUGGAGCCGGCGAAGGUGGAGCUACUGGCGUGCAAAAGGGCGGCCCAACUGGCGGAUGAGGUCAAUGCAGCACAUAUACACAUUAAGAUGGAUUGCAAGGAGAUAGUUCGGAAGCUUCAGAAUCUAUCUUGGCAAGGGCCACUACAGGAAAAUCAUGUUUUGCCGUGUGAAAGACUAUAAACCGAGAGCUUUUUCUCGGGUACACGGCUUAUGUUCUUCUAAACCGAGUCUACAGCCAAAAACAUCCGGCAACUACAAAGGACUCGGCUUGUGGCAGUCUGUAAGCCGAGUGGUCCAAAAAAGCUCUCGACUUACAAUAAGCACACGACAUCUACUGAAAAAAGCACCCGGUUUAUAGCUUGUACUCGGUAAAGAUAUAUGCCACGUGUCUACAACGGAAGUGGCUGACGGCGGCAUCACAGAACA